CCGCGCGUCCUCGGGCUCUCCAUGCGCAUGCGCGCUCGUACUCCUCUCCCCGCGGAGCACGGUUGAGUCAGUCAGUCUGUCGGAGUCAGUCUUCGGAACAGCCUUCGCCCUGUACUUUGGAGAGCCAGCUGCUGGAUUAUUCAGUGUCCCCUCCCACUCUCCGGUCCCGCGUCUCUCUUCACCUCUCUCCCGCCCUUGCUCGUACAGCCAUGGCGGAGUCGUCGGCGGCCACUCAGUCCCCGUCAAUCUCCUCGUCGUCCUCCGGGGCCGAGCCGUCCGCUCUCGGCAGCGGCGGGAGCCCGGGAGCCUGCCCCGCCCUGGGGGCGAAGAGCUGCGGCUCCUCAUGUGCGGAUUCCUUUGUUUCUUCCUCUUCCUCUCAGCCUGUAUCUAUAUUUUCGACCUCACAAGCCGGCGGUCCUUGCAGCCAUCCUUCCAUUCCAGACAGUUUCCCAGAGCAACCUGCUUUUCUCUCAAAGGAAACUGGUUCAGUAGAAGAGUGGAUAGUUAAAGACCAGGAACCCAAGAACCUGAACAAGAUUCCAAGUGGAGAGGACAGAAGUGUACUGGAUCUUGGGCAGUCUAAGACAGAGCACAUUUGUACAUAUUCCUUGUCCCCAUCUGCACUUUCAGGAGCUGGUGUCGAAAAAGAUUCUCCUGAGUCACCAUUUGAAGUAAUUAUUGACAAAGCAACUUUUGACAGAGAAUUUAAAGAUUUAUAUAAGGAAAGCACAAAUGAUUUGGGUGGUUGGACAGCUCACAGUGAUAGAGAAUCCCCUGCAGACUUGUUGGAAAUGAAUGACAAAGUGUUUCCCCUGAGAAAUAAAGAGGCAGGGCGUUAUCCAGCCUCUGCACUGCUCAGUAGACAGUUUUCACACACUACAGCGGCACUGGAAGAGGUGUCUAGAUGUGUGAACGAUAUGCAUAACUUUACUAAUGAAAUACUGACUUGGGAUCUAGUUCCCCAAACAAAGCAACAGGCUGAUAAAUCAUCUUAUACCACAAAAAGUACAGGACUAGACAGGAAUGAACAUCACUCAGAGAUUCCAGUUAUAAAUCUUAAAACAAACACUCAUCAGAAAAUGCCUAUAUGUUCUCUUAACGGGAACACUCCCAUCACCAAAUCCACAGAUGACUGGGCAGAAGCAUCUUUGUCUCUAGAAAACAUUGCUGGAAAACCUGUAAAAGACUACCAUCUCAGUGCCACAAAAGCCAGUGACAGAGGUGUAUCAGGCAGUUCCCAGCCACUUACAGAGCCACCUGGCUCUUUGCCUGAGAAAUGGGUCUCAGGCUCUGGAGCAGCCACAGUGGAAGUAGCUUUACCUGACCUGAGGGAUGCCUGGCCUAACUGUGUGCUGGGAGAAGUCACAGAGGUUGAUAGUUCUGGGGAGUCUGAUGACACAGUCAUAGAAGAUGUCACAGCAGACCCCUCAUUUGAGACCAACAAAGUUCUGCCUGAAAAACCUGACUCCCUUUCAGGUACUGAUGCAAAAACAAGUGCAAGGGAUAUCAAGGAGACUCCCAAUUGUGGGACUAUGAGGAGUGAGAUGUGUGAAAACUCAGAAGAGUCAAGCAGUACCUCUCAGCUGCUUCAGGCCCAGCCAAAAACUCCUACUCAUAGGAGUCUGGAAAGUGAGGUUUGCUUACAAGUACCUAAUACUCUGAAUGAACUUGCACCUGAAAACCCUGCUGUGACUGACAACCCCAGAGUUCCUUCAACAGCACCUCCAAGUGUUCUUAGUGAGACAGGAUUCCCACUAACUGUGACAGCUUCUGCCAACUUGGAGUCUUUGCUUGGAAAAUAUGUUGAAGAUACAGAUGGUUCCUCCCCAGAGGACUUGCUAGCUGCCUUCACAGGAGCCAGGGAGAAAGGACUCGAGGAUAAAGAUCAUAGCAGUGUGGAAGCAGUGUUAGAGAAGACAGCAGACUUUAAAAAUGCUUUCCCUGUGGAACUCUUGUAUGAAUGUGAUCUAGAUGGUUCUGAAACCAAAUGCAGUGAACGCGUCAAAGAAACAAAUAGAGGUGAGCUGAGUGCAGUCUCUCCUCAAGGUGCCCUCCUGGUGUCUCCUGACUUAGAGCAGGAGCAGCUCACCAUCAGAGCCAUUAAAGAAUUAGGAGAAAGGCAGGCUGAGCAGGUGCAGACUGAAGGAGCAACUCCAGGAGGAAAACUCAAGCAAGCCUUUGCUCCACAAUAUUGGCUACAGAGGUCAUCUGACAUCCUAGAAUACACAGAUGUUGAGACUGCAUCUUGUGUUGGGACCAAAAAGCCCUCUGUCACCAAAGACACUAGAGUAGAUCCUAUUUCCAGCCUUAGCAAGACUGAAACGGUUAACAAGCAUGCCCUAGCAAGACUUCUGUCUAACUUCUCAGUACGCGAUCUGAUUUUCUGGCGAGAUGUGAAGAAGACCGGGUUUGUCUUUGGCACCACGCUGAUCAUGCUGCUGUCCCUGGCAGCUUUCAGUGUUAUCAGUGUGGUCUCUUACCUCAUCCUGGCUCUUCUCUCCGUCACCAUCAGCUUCAGGGUCUACAAGUCUGUCAUUCAAGCUGUGCAGAAGUCAGAAGAAGGCCACCCAUUCAAGGCCUACCUGGAUGUGGACAUCACCCUGUCUUCAGAAGCUUUCCACAACUACAUGAAUGCUGCAAUGGUGCAUGUCAACAGAGCCCUCAAACUCAUCAUUCGUCUCUUUCUGGUGGAAGAUCUGGUUGACUCCUUGAAGCUGGCUGUCUUCAUGUGGCUGAUGACCUACGUUGGUGCUGUUUUUAAUGGAAUCACCCUUCUGAUUCUUGCCGAGCUGCUUGUUUUCAGCAUCCCAAUUGUCUAUGAGAAGUAUAAGACACAGAUUGACCAUUAUGUUGGGAUUGCCCGGGAUCAGACCAAAUCAAUUGUUGAAAAGAUCCAAGCAAAGCUUCCCGGAAUUGCCAAAAAAAAGGCAGAAUAAGCACAUGGAAGCCAGAAGUGCAACAGUUACUAAAACGCCAUUUAAUAGUUAUAACAUCAUCACUUGUACCAUGAAGGAACUUGCUCAGUGUCAGCUUGAGCCUGGUUCCAAGUUGUUUGUUCUUUUUAUUUGGUGUUCUCUCCUUUCCUUUCCCUUUACCCUCAGUACCAAGCACAAGAUGUGUUAGACUGAAAAAAAGAACUGAUCUCUUAGAACCCAAAAGAAUAAGGAGUGAAUCAAAUUAGUAGAAUUAAUCAGACCAUAACAGUGGUGGAGCUUUUACCUGUACUGAAAGGGGAGAAAGAAGAGAGAAAUGUCUCGAGGGUCCUCUAUCCAGUUUCAAGGACUCGUAUGCAGUUCUCAUUUAUAUUUUUACCCUUGUUUUUAAGUUAGGAAAUAAUGAUUAACUUAUGAAUUGUCUGGAGCAGGAGUGGGAUUCCUUCUAUUGGGUUUGUGUGGCCCUGCAGCCCCACCUUCCUGCCUUAUAACUAAGCAGCCACUCCUACUGCUCUUCUUCCCUAAUGAAAGAACUGUCAACUCUAAAUAACUUACAGGUGAUAGAGGUAGUUCCCUUUUCCCAGAAUGCCAUGUGAGAAGUACAGAGGGAACAGUAGGGUGGAGCAGUCACCCUCCUGCUGCUCUUCUAGGGAAGGAAGGGCUCUGCCAGCUGGGAGGGCAGUGUCCAAGCCAUUGGUCUGGGAUACCAAUGUCAGUGUUGGUUUGAGAAAUCAUUCCAGAAUGUGCUUCUCCCUCUUUUCCCUGCCCACCUUACCUCAAGUUUAAUAAAUAUGGUUGUACUUUUCUUAUUAUGAAAUAAAUGUCUGUAACUGCUGUACACUGCUAUAAACUUAAGAAAAAUAAUCUGCAUGUGGGCGCCCAGCCAUUGAGUUAUUGUAAUCCUAUCUUAGUCUGUGGGGAAUGAGGUACAGGAACACAAAAAGCCUUCCUUCCUUCCUUCCUUCCUUCCUUCCUUCCUUCCUUCCUUCCUUCCUUCCUUCCUUCCUUCCUUCCUUCCUUCCUUCCUUCCUUCCUUCCGUGUCUUCCCUGCUGCUUCCUCCUCCACUGCUGCUUCCACCUGUGCUUUUCAAGUUUAGCCUGAGAACUGAAGCCCUACUGGCUGUAGGUUAUGUGUCUGUAGUCCAGAGGCCUCAGUUGGCUAGGGGGGGGGGUACAUUCCAGACUCAUGACAGAUAGCUUGUGAGUGAGUGUUGUUCUGAGGAGAUCUCCAUUUUCAGACACAUUUAUGACAUAGUUCCUACCAUGGCCCAAGGUGCUCAUUUAUAGAGUAUUUUCAAGAAGUUUUAGGUUGUGGGUGGCCAGGCAGGACCAGGAGAUGUUGAUAGACAACAGGAUAAUUUAGAUUGACUGGGGAUCUUGCUUUCUAUUUGGGACCUUGCAUUGUCCUUCAGCAUACAAAUUCAGUCAGCUUGCAAACCAGCAUUCAAGAUUUCCUUCAGUUCUCAGCCCUACCUAUUGUGAGGAAAAGCUGGGACCUCGAAGGGUAUCAUCUGCAAUGGUCACAAAGUUCUGUGACUGCAAAAGUAGGAAUGGAACCUCUUUCCCUUCCUUUUGGGAAAUGACUUAAGGAUUUUGAUAGGUAGAAUGCCUUACUCCAUUUUCUUAGUUUCUUUGCCCUUGUUCAUUUUGAAUUUUUGGUUUCCAUUGUAGAAAACACUCCAUCGCCAUCCUCUGCCCUCCCAGGAAAUGAAUGCACUGAUGGUCUUUGGGGUCUCCCAACAAGGGAUCCCAUUCUGCACUGGAAGCCUCCACACCUGGCGCUUUUCUUUGUUGCUGCUGUGUUAAAAUAAUUGGAAAGAUUUUUGUGCCACAUAGUGAUUUUUUUUUAAAGAAAAAUCUAUAGAUGAAAAGUUACUAAUGAAAUUGUGUACGUGUCUGUGCGUGCAACAUAAAAAUACAGUAGCCUCAAGGAGCUCUUUUGGUCCCUGUAAAACUGCAAAUUGAUGUAUUAAUUAUAAAUAAAGAACACAGUGACUGUCGGA